AUGGGCAACAGCAAGAGCGGGUCUCUGUCCAAAGAGAUCCUGGAGGAGCUGCAACUGAACACUAAGUUCACGGAGGAGGAGCUGUGCGCCUGGUAUCAGUCCUUCCUGAAGGAGUGUCCUAGCGGCCGCAUCACUCGUCAGGAGUUCGAAAGCAUCUAUUCCAAGUUCUUCCCUGACUCUGACCCCAAGGCCUAUGCGCAGCACGUGUUCCGCAGCUUCGAUGCCAACAGCGACGGUACGUUGGACUUCAAGGAGUAUGUGAUCGCCCUGCACAUGACCACGGCGGGCAAGCCCACGCAGAAGCUCGAGUGGGCCUUUUCGCUCUACGAUGUGGAUGGCAACGGUGCCAUCAGCAAGAACGAGGUGUUGGAGAUCGUCAUGGCUAUUUUCAAAAUGAUCAAGCCUGAGGAUGUGAAGCACCUUCCAGAUGAUGAAAACACUCCAGAAAAGCGGGCUGAGAAGAUCUGGACAUUCUUUGGAAAGAAAGAUGAUGAUAAACUUACAGAGGAGGAAUUCAUCGAGGGGACCCUGGCCAAUAAGGAAAUUCUACGACUGAUCCAGUUUGAACCUCAAAAAGUGAAGGAGAGAAUAAAGGAAAAGAAACAGUGA